CGGGACCUGGGUGAGAUCCGGGCAGCGGAGGAGUGAUCGGGUGAGAUCCGGGCAGCGGAGGAGUGAUCGGGACCUGGGUGAGAUCCGGGCAGCGGAGGAGUGAUCGGGCGAUGUUGGAGGAGAUCUGCCAGUGACUGCACGGAUGUGGAUUUAGGAAGAAGUAGGAAUCCGGUGAUUGUAGAGGAGGGGAUGAGGAUGCCCGGAGGAGCCCGCUGGGGUGUGUUGGUGACCUGAUCUGUGCUGUGGGGCGGAUGGCAGAGUGAAAAGCUCCGGAUCUCGGUGUGUCCGAUCAUGGGCACCGGAGUGUGCAGCAGGAGGCAGAAGAGUCUUCUCCAUACCGCCUUGUGCCUGCUGGCCGUGCUGGGACUGGGCGGCGGGCUCUACUUGUAUAACUACGUGCAGGACAAAACCCGGAGCUCCGAGGUCCAGGCGAUGAAAUUCAAGCAGCAGCAUGAAGCCUUGUCAGCCCAGCUACAGGUGGUGUACGAACAUCGGUCAAGGCUUGAACGCUCUUUACAGAAAGAAAAGGGUGAACACAAGAAAACGAAAGAAGAUUAUUUAGUCUAUAAACUGGAGGCACAAGAGGCCCUGAACAAAGAGAAGCAAGAUUCUAUGAACCGCUAUGGGGCCCUAACCUCACAGCAAAAGAUUCUUAAGAAUCAGAAUGAAGAGAUCAAGAAGCAGUUGUCCGAUUUACAAGUGGAGCAUGGCAGUCUAAAGCUGGAACACCGCAAAACCAUUGAGCUGCACAACCAGCAAGUAUCCCAACUCAAGAGAGACAAAGAUAAUGAGAUUCUCAAUCUACAAGAUACUAUUUCGAAACUGCGUGAAGAAAGUAAACUCCUCAGGAAGGCCCAUCAAGAUGUCCACUCACAGCUUCUAAGUGCACAGGCUCAAAUGGAAGAAUUCAGACAGCUGAAGGAUGCCUUGAAGAGAAUGCCAAGUUUCAAAGACCCGGGUACCAGCACGCAAAAUCAACAUUCUCUUCCUCCUUCAAAGAACCUGAACAAACCUUUUGCUCAGCCGCCCCAGAGUUCCCUGAGAAAUGACAGGAGGGAAGAAAACGUCCCUGGGGGGGCAGCCCGACAUGUAAAGGAGGCUUCCCAGGCACAGCCCACGUCACAGAGCAAUUCCCAGGUUCAUAGUCCCACCGCACAUUUAACAGCCCUGGGACCGGGAACUCACAAUGACAGCCAUGUGGGGAAAUUUACCAGGACAGUAAACAGUCUGCAAGGCCACAAGGAGGAUGAGAAGCCAGCUGUGUCACCACAUGUCCAGCAGCCACCCCAGCACCCAGCCGUCCACAAAGGAGUCCUACCUGACCUGCCAGGCGCUCUGGAUAAGAAAACGCCCACCGCGAAUGUUCUAGUUGCCAAAGAACAAGUGCCGGUUCACAGCUGGCAAGAUAUUGUUAGCAAAGUGAAUGCAAGGAUGACUAAAGAGGAAAGCAACAAAGUCGACGGCAGCGAUGGUCUUGUGAAAACCCAAACACUCCAUGCCAAUGUAGCUGUUGGAAAGUGGGAGAACAGGGCGAUGCAUCGUGGCUACCUUAGACGAAUCGGCGAUAAUGAGGCUGAAAUGGAUGCUGGUGUGAUUGACAGAGAGGAUGGCCCUCCACCCAUGAAGCAACACGUAGGCCAGGAGGCUCUGGCUCAAGAAGAUGCUGCAGAUCCAGCCAAAGACCCCAACAAUCAGGGAGAAGAUGAGUAUGAGGAGGCAGAAAUAGACAGACCAGCGUUUGAGGAGAAAGCAAAUGCAGAAAAGCAACCAGCUCAACCUGAGGUGGAUAGGCCAAUGGAACCCGACGCCGAGCUGAAAUCCAGAGAAGAAGCAGAAGACCGAUAUCAGGAUGACCAGGAGCAGGAAAUUGAUGAGCGGGGUGGCGAACCGGAGAACGGUGAUGACUUGGAACUGGUGCAAGAUGAAGAGGUAGUAAAAGUGGAUACAAGAAACGGAAAAGAAGGCUAUUACUGAUCCUUUUUUAUGCUGAAACAUGCACUUGAGCCUUUUAUCUAGGAGGCAGAAGAAAGUAAAAUGUAGAUGGCACAAACCAUGGAGUGCUCCUAAAUUACAUGUGGAGGACGCUGCAGAUCAAUGGACUGAUGCAUUGAUGGACUUGCCUCUAUGUAUAUUAAUAAAAUUCAGAAGGGCUUUGGUUAGGACUUCUUAUGGACACAUACCUUUUUUCUGUGCUGCACUAGCCUCGGAGAUGCCUUUCUCUCUGUUUGUGACUGUAAAUGAGGAAUAUAUCUAUUUUUUAUAACUUCUGUGCAGCUCAUGCAAGUUUCUUACCAGAAUUCUGUUUCUCGAGUAUCAAAAAUUGAAGAGCGCAGGCAACUUUUAUGCAUUUUCUUUUUUUUUCCAGGCGCAGAAGAGAAUGAUUUGUUCUUUUUAUAGCAGGAACGCUUUGUUAGAGCAUGGUCAGUUUAUUUGAGUGAAUCAUCCAAGACUUAGAUGUUUGUGGAAUACCUGUUAGAAGGACCUUUUGCUGGAAAGUGACGUUUUGGUUAUAUACUUGUUGAUUUUACCAUCUGUGGCUUUCUAACGUCCCUCUCUGGGACUUCAGCAGUGAGCCUUCCAUGCUGGCAUUCUGUGCUCAGGUCCUGUUAUCUUAGAGUCUGACCUUCUGCUGAUAUCUACAUAAUACAAAUAAAAAUUCCAACAAGA